AUGUUUAGAAUUGCUGCUCAGAGAAUUGGUCUAAAGAGUUUACGUGCUGCUCCUCAAGCUCGUCUUUUGUCAACUACUUUAACUAGACAGAAUGCCUUGCAGGAAUUGUACUUAAAGGAGCUAAAAAACGUUAAAUUAUCACCAUUGACAGCUCAAGACGCCGAAGGUAGUGUCAAACCAUGGAUAGAACCAUCUAAGCCAAGUAUCCCAGAAUUAGAAGCUCAAGGCGCAGAUGCAUUACAAGCUUACAAGGAUGAGCCUGUUGAAACUUCCUCAGAAGCCGUUGAUGGUCACGCUCAAGAGGCCGUCGAAGAAGAUUGGUUGGUCUUGGAAGACGCUGAAGAAGAAAGCUCCCACCAUUAG